AUGCCAAUGUGUUUGGUGGUAAUAAUGAGAUUUUUCUUUUUUUUUCUUUCAAAAAUGAACCGACACGAUAGAAUGAAUUCAAUUUUAGUAUUUUUUUCCUUCAAAAUUGAAAAGACACAACACAUUUGGUGUAGAGUUGUUAUUAAAAAAUUUUUUAAUGUUAACUUAUAG